UUGCUCACAAUCAGACAGGCAGAUGGACAAAACUGUCUCCUGAUGGGAGCUCUAGGGUUGAAGGACACCGUAAAGCGCAGCAGCUAUCGGUUUAAAUCAGUUAAAUUUGGCCCCGGUGGCCUCUUCGGUGAUGCAGGUAAACACACCAAGGCUGAAAACGCCCGCAGGCCGCCGCUUUGGCAGCUGUCUCAUCGGCAGAGUCCUUCCGGAAAUUCUUUGCAGUUUUUAAACGGCAAGAACGUGGAUUUACUCAAGAACUGUCUAUGAUUUCAGGAUUUUCAUGAGUCUUUUUGCCAACUAAUGCCUGUUGUCUGUGUUUUCCUGGACACAAUAUGCUAUUUGUAAAGAAGACAGAGGGAACUUAAUCACCACCUACUUAUAAUUUAAAUGCGCUGUACACUUUGCCAAUAAGACCAAAGCCUGUGUGUAGCCGUCCUCUUUUACGCGGAGUGGGGCUUUUUGCGUAUUUGCGCACUGGAAAUCUUAAAGUCGUAAAAGUCCGAGUCGAGUCUCUGUUACAACAUGAGACCACAGUGUAUGUACCAGAGUCCGGCCCGGCCUUCAUGAGAACCCGCGUGCCGCGCUGCUGUGGCUCGGACCGGGACGGACCGACAGAGGAGCCGCGGCAGAGAUGGUGGCCAACCUGAGCGCACCGGCAGAGGAGGCGGCGGGGUCGGGACACAACCUGCCGGCGCUGGCGUUUGGUGUGGUGCUGAUCGUGGUCAUCAUCUGCGGGAACCUGCUGGUGUGUCUAAGCGUGUUCACGACGAAGGCGCUGAAGACCACCACCAACUACUUCAUCGUAAGUCUGGCGGUGGCGGACCUGAUGCUCGCGGUCCUCGUGCUGCCGCUCUUCGUCUACUCAGAGUUCCAAGACGGUGUGUGGACUCUCCGCACCACCAUCUGUGACGCCCUGAUGACCAUGGAUGUGAUGCUGUGCACUGCCUCUAUCUUCAACCUCUGUGCCAUCAGUGUGGACAGGUUCAUUGCCGUAUUGAUACCUCUGAACUACAACAGGAAGCAUGUGGACCUUCGUCAGGCAGUGUUGCUAUCGGCAACCUGGAUCCUAGCCAUGGCUGUGGCCUCACCCAUCAUGUUUGGCAUCAAUGACGUGCCGGGCCGUGACCCCAGCGAGUGUAAACUGGAGAAUAAUGACUAUGUCCUCUACUCCUCCGUGUGCUCCUUCUUCAUCCCUUGUCCCAUCAUGCUGCUGCUGUACUGCGGCAUGUUCCGCGGACUGCACCGCUGGGAGGAGGCACGGAAAGCUAAGCUGAAGAGUAGCAUUCAGGCCUGUCGCAAGCUGCAGGAGGCCGCCGCCUCACUGCCUCCUCUUGCAUCGCUUCCACCUCCGCUGCCGCCAAUCAUAGAGCGGGAACUAACAGAUACACCAGAGGAGCCAUCCACGUUCCCAUCCACAGACCGGCCGCACCAGUCAGACUGCAAGGACGGCCUUGUGCCAACAGUGAGCUUUGCAGAGAUAAAGUUCAACCCCAACCCUCACAGAAGAAAGAGGGCCAAGAUCAACAGCCGAGAGAGGAAGGCUAUGAAGGUGCUUCCUGUAGUUGUGGGUGCCUUUCUCUUCUGCUGGACUCCUUUCUUUGUCCUUCACAUAAUGCGAGCUCGGUGUGAAGGCUGCCACAUCCCGCCGGCCCUGAUGAGCGUGGUGACGUGGCUCGGUUACGUCAACAGUGCUCUCAACCCUGUCAUCUACACCAUCUUCAACACUGAAUUCAGGAACUUUUUCAAAAAGUUUCUGCAUCGCUGCUGCUCCUAGGACACCCAGAGACAUUGAUGAUUUUUAAAACACACGACAGCUGCAAAUUUGACUAUUGAUGUACUGUCUUUAGCCUGUUUGUGUUGCCACGGUUUUUCUUCCUCUGUGAGGUUUUUAUUUUUUUACAUUCAAAGACAACAACGUUUAUUUGAGCUUCGGUUUUCCUGUGAAGCAGCUUCAGUCUGAGGACCAGACGGCUCAGCGGAUCCACAGCAGUUUCACGUGCAGUCACUUUUAUAUGUUGAGAUUCAACUUUUCUGAAUUAAAAUUUUCU